AUGGCACAUGUGCACAAUGACCGGGUGCUCUUCACAAUUGGUAACAAUGGGUAUCGCCCUUGUAAAGAGGAUUGUCCAUGGAAGGCAUUGAAAGGAGCUGUCAACGACUCACACUCCAUCCGCAAUCACGCUCGGUCUGCUGGCUGGCUGGUGAUUCCAGCCCAAAACGUAUCCAACUGUGAUCUGAUGCGCCAUCUUGCUGAGCAAGCCAGCUAUGAGAUUACCAGAACCACGUCUGUCGUCUGCUUCCACUACAGUGGCCACUGUGAAGACAAAGACGGAGCAACUUAUUUGAUCCCUUGCGAUCCACAACCACAGGCGCGAACUUGGAGAUACUGCAGAAGCAAGUUGAUCUGA